GGACAAAACUUCACUAAUGUUUCUCUGUUAUACAGUGCGUCGCAGCAAAUGGUGAAGAACAAGACGGAAAUCAUCGAUAUUUCUCAUGACUUGAUUGGAAUCUUAGAAAAGAUAAUAGAUCUGGAGAAGAAGGAAAAGCAAAUGAUCGAGUCGAAGCAACGGGAUAUUAUCGAUUGCAUCGGGAGUAAUCUUGCCGAGAUCAGAGACGCAUAUCACAUGAAAUGUGACUCUCGCGACUAUGAGAAGUACAACGACAAGAAACCUAGACCGCGAGAGGAUGAAGAUUACAAACGAAAAGAAGUGAGAGAUGACUGGAGAGAUGAAAGAGAGAGAAGAUACGAACGUCGUGAUGGGGGAUAUGAUGAUGGAAGAGAUAAUCACCGAGGCGAUUAUAAGGACGAUCGGAGAGACGACAGAAGAGAAAGAACUGAGAGACGGGAUGAUAGCAACCAAGGAAGUAAAUUAUCAAUUGGUUUUGAGACGAGAGAUAAAUUCAGACAAUUUUUUUCAAGUGCGAGGAGUAUUGUUGAGGCGGAACUCGUAGCGAUGUUGGAAAAGAAGUCAAAGGAAGGAGUAGUGUUGUACGACACGGAUAAGGAUGGGUGGGAUAUGAACAACUUUGUGAACAAAGUGAACGGAAAAAGUCAAAUUGCCUUCACUGUAUUUGACCAAUCUGGACACCUUUUUGGGGUGUUUAUUUAUGAACAAGUCAAAAGAGGGGAGUGGAUCGAUGAUUUCAGAAUUUUCAUGUUUUCGUAUCAGCAGGGGACUGGCAAACCACUGUUCUAUUCGGGUUUGAAACAGGCUGGAAAUGGUGGAACUGAUGGGUCGAAAAUUUUCAAGUUGGGAGACAAUAGUGCGAAUUACUUUUUCCAAGUGGCGGAUUUAUUUUCAUUGCAGAACAGAAGAGAUGUGAAGGAGAGUUUCAUACGCGGGGAUAUCGACAAUGUGUUUUAUUCAUCGAACGCCAAAGCAUUCUGUGGACACGUGUUUCCUGAUAUGUUCGAACCAACAAGAGUUUUGGCCCUUCAGACGAAAAUUUGA